AUGGUUGAAGAGGAUACAUUGGUCGUUGAAGUCCAGUACAACAGGAACUUCUUCCCGAGACCAUUUAUGUAUUUUGAUCUAGAUAAAAAGGAGAUAAGGUACGUUGAUUUCACGGACAAGGGGUAUUCUGAAUUCAUUGCUCACCUGGAGUUGAUUACUAGAAGGAUGUGCAAAGAUGUAUACUAUUGUCCAGACAGCCAAACAUUGUGUCAAGGAUUGGCCACAUUGCAAAAUGAUUGUGAUUAUAAUAAAUUUCUUGAGUAUCUUCAUGAGAAAAAGAAAGUAACUGUGUAUGUGGACCAUAUGCAUGAACCCCUUUUUGACUGGAUUGAAAUAGAAGAGCUUAAAGUUGAAGAUGAUACCAACUCCAACGAAGAUGAAGAUGAUGUGAUAGAUAAAGAGGGUUGGGAACACGAGGUGGAUGAUGAGGAGUUUUCUAUGAAAAGGGAAAGAGCAAGUAUUCAAAAUAAAGACAGGUUUUAA